AUUCUGCUGAUUGGUCGUAUUUCUGACAAUACACCAUCAAAUAUGAUACGCGAAUCUUCCUCUUCUUCCAGCUCAGUGACUCUUCGCUCUUCUACUUCCAUCGAGUCAACGAUUGAUUCUUCUUGCCCAAUUCUUCGUCUUUCUUUUCCACCAACCCAAAUGGGUUUCAAAUUGUAUACUGAUAGUGAGGUCCCUGCCCCUCAGCUGAUGCCCAUUGAUCUCUCAUGCAGAUGCAAUACUAAAUACAUUUCAUCAGUUAAAUCAACCAGAACCUUAAAGACCAGUUCUGCUAUUCAGAAGUCACAUCAAAGUUCUGGACCCUCCACACAACAUGUUUCUAUUCCCUCCACCAAUAGUUCCGAUUUUGCUGAGACUGAGUGUUCCGAAGCAAUUUCCGCUCUUGAAUCUAUUAUUGAGGUACCCUCUGCUGACAAUAGAUCUUCUCCUACAAGAAGUCAGUCCAUUGAGGCUCAGAACGAUGGUCAAACCCAAGCAUUGGACGAGAGCCAUCUCGAUUCAAAGUCCUUUAAGGAAGAAAAACUUCCCUCAGUAAAUCAAGCUGUGAAUGAAGAUAUGGAGGAGGAUAUGGAUGGGAGUGGUGGUUCGAGCAGCGUAUCGGACUUCUUUCAAGAUAGUAGCCCUGUAGGAACUGAAACAGGUACUAUCUCAACGUUUAUUCAUUUCUAA